GUUAUGACAUCAUCACAGGUCCUGUACCUUCUCCUGCAGCACAGCCUGGACCCCGACUCCUGCAUGGUGGUAGAAAUUACAGCCCAGGAGGCUCCAUAGUGAAGGGUUGUCAGAGGAGGACACGCCUGCCCCCAGAUUCCUACAAUAUAGGACCCGCUCAGUGAAGAUCUUCUAUAUCAGAUCCUUCUCCUGAUUGACCCUUCAAGGAUGGACAGGGACAAGAUGGCGGAGAGGAUAAUUAAUCUCACCCUAGAGAUCCUCUUCCGGCUUACUGGAGAGGACUACACAGUAGUGAAGAAGACCUCUAGUGAGCGCUGUCAGGCCCCUGUGUCUGAAGGAUGGGGAAGAACCUUGAGUCCAAUCACGUGGCCUCCACCUCACCCCCUGAUAUAUGAAGAAAUCAAUAGAGAGAAGAUCCUAGAACUCACCAGCAAGAUGAUUGAGCUGCUGACUGGAGAGGUUCCUAUAAGGUGUCAGGAUGUCACCGUCCAUUUCUCCAUGGAGGAGUGGGAGUAUGUAAAAGGACACAAAGAUCUGUACAAGGACGUCAUGAUGGUGGAUCACUGGCCUCUCAUAUCACCAGUUAAGGAAGAGAGAACAAUACCCGAGAGAUGUCCCAGUCCUCUUCUUCCACAGGAUAAUUCAGAAGAACAUCACUAUGUCCCACAGGAUGAUCAGCUUGUGAAUCCGGGUGAAGAUCUGAACAAUAUUAACCCUACAGAGACAUAUGUGAGGGGAGAUGAGCAGAGGACAGAGGACAUUCCUGCAGAUAACCGCCCAGAUGACUGUACCAGGAACUUAGAGAAACAUCUGGUAUCUUCGGAUUUUGAAGUAGAUGAUUGUGGUAUCACACGAGAUACAUUUGAAGAGCAUGCCAAUAUCAAAGAUAUAUCUUCAUCCAAUCACAGCAAUUAUGCAUCAUUUGAUUCUUUUAAACAGCCAUUUUCAUGUUCAGAAUGUGGUAAAAGUUUCAACCAUAAAGUACCUCUUGUUAUACAUGAGAGAACUCACACAGGGGAGAAGCCAUUUUCAUGUUCAGAAUGUGGGAAAUGUUUUACCAAUAAUUCAGCUCUUGGUAAACAUCAGAGAAUUCACAGAGGAGAGAAGCCAUUUUCAUGUUCAGAAUGUAGUAAGCGUUUUACUCAGAAAUCAUAUCUUGUUGUACAUCAGAGAGUUCACACCGGGGAGAAGCCAUUUUCAUGUUCAGAAUGUGGGAAAUGUUUUAACCAGAAAUCAGCUCUUGUUACACAUCAAAAAACUCACAGAGAAGAGAGGCCAUUUUCAUGUUCAGAAUGUGGAAAAUGUUUUAAGCAGAAAUCGGUUCUUGAUAAACAUAAAAAAACUCACAGAGAAGAGAGGCCAUUUUCAUGUUCAGAAUGUGGAAAAUGUUUUAAGCAGAAAUCGGUUCUUGUUGUACAUCAGAGAAAUCACACCGGAGAGAAGCCAUUUUCAUGUUCAGAAUGUGGGAAAUGUUUUAACGAUAAUUCACAUCUUGUUGUGCAUCAGAGAAAUCACACAGGAGAGAAGCCAUUUUCAUGUUCAGAAUGUGGGAAAUGUUUUAACGAUAAUUCAUAUCUUGUUGUACAUCAGAGAAAUCACACAGGAGAGAAGCCAUUUUCAUGUUCAGAAUGUGGGAAAUGUUUUAACCAGAAAUCGGCUCUUGUUGUACAUCAGAGAACUCACACAGGAGAGAAGCCAUUUUCAUGCUCAGAAUGUGGGAAAUGUUUUAAGUAUAAACAAGCUCUUGUUACGCAUCAGAGAAUUCACACAGGAGAGAAGCCAUUUUCAUGUCCAGAAUGUGGGAAAUGUUUUAGCGAUAAUUCAUAUCUUGUUGUACAUCAGAGAAAUCACACAGGAGAGAAGCCAUUUUCAUGUUCAGAAUGUGGGAAAUGUUUUAACGAUAAUUCAUAUCUUGUUGUACAUCAGAGAAAUCACACAGGAGAGAAGCCAUUUUCAUGUUCAGAAUGUGGGAAAUGUUUUAACCAGAAAUCGGCUCUUGUUGUACAUCAGAGAACUCACACAGAGGAGAAGCCAUUUUCAUGCUCAGAAUGUGGGAAAUGUUUUAAGUAUAAACAAGCUCUUGUUAUGCAUCAGAGAAUUCACACAGGAGAGAAGCCAUUUUCAUGUUCAGAAUGUGGGAAAUGUUUUAAGCAGCAAUCGGCUCUUAUUUUCCAUCAGAGAGUUCACACAGGGGAGAAGCCAUUUUCAUGUUCAGAAUGUGGAAAAUGUUUUAAGCAGAAAUCAGCUCUUGUUACACAUCAAAAAACUCACAGAGAGAAGCCAUCUCCAUGCUUAGCCCUUUAGUGACCUCCCUUAUGAAAUGAAAAAAGGGGAGGGAAAUAUACCAAGAUUUCUGGGAUUAUACAUAGUUUGAAAUAGUCCAUCUAUUUCAUGAAGCAACUGAUAAAAAUGGGUUUCCAGCAAUCAGCAUAUUAGAAACUAUAAUAAUAGAAAAAACAUAAAAAGGGGAGGGAAAGGGAAGAAAGGGAAGGUUAAGUUUGAAGAGUGCCCAAAGUACCUUUUAAAGAGGAGAUAAUGUACCAGG